GCCGCUCGUAAACACAAGAAGGAGCUGACGUGUUGUUGAGAGGCACCGAGACGUGGCUUUUCUACGGGCUUUAAAUAUCAAAUCCAUGGGAAUAUAGUCAUUUCUGAUAACCGGGUGAAGAGCAAGAGGCACGAUGGAAGCUUCUUACAACUCGCGGUGCCCAGCUGUGAAGCGAUUGUUUCGUGAAGCAAAAGAACUGCACGAGGCAACAGAAGAAUAUUAUGCUCAGCCUCUUGAGGACAACCUUUUUGAGUGGCACUUCACUGUUCGUGGACCUCCAGACACAGAGUUUGAUGGAGGGAUAUACCAUGGUCGUAUUAUCAUGCCAGCAGAUUAUCCCAUGAAGCCACCAAAUAUUAUAUUCCUAACGCCAAAUGGAAGAUUUGAAACAAAUAAGAAGAUAUGUCUGAGUAUCUCAGGACAUCAUCCAGAGACAUGGCAGCCCUCAUGGAGCAUUAGGACGGCACUUUUGGCUAUUAUAGGCUUCAUGCCCACUCCUGCCAAUGGCACCAUUGGUUCACUGGACUAUACAGCUAAAGAACGUGCAAAGCUUGCUAAAAAAUCACAGGAAUAUGAGUGUCCAGAUUGUGGUUGCAUCAAUUCUCUGCUGAAGGAGAGGACAGGAGACAAUAAAGAUUUACAACAAGAAGCUCGAGAAGUCAUGAGCCAGUGUGCAGUUACAAUCAAGGCUGAUACAAAAAAUGGUAAUGAUCAAGCCUCAGGAACUGCUGAUUCCUCGAACACCACAAAUAAAACAGAGGAAGCAGAUGCAGAACGUAGUUCCUCAGCAGAUGGAGAAGACGCGACAAUUGCUGCUGAAACCCAAGGGAGUACCAACCAAGAAUCAAAGGCAUCAGCACCACAAGCUACCAGUCAGACAACUCUUCCCGGCAAUCACUCGGUAAACAGGAAUCAGGGUGCCACAGCUGUUGAUCCAGCACCAGAAAUGCUUAUGGAAGGUGUUGCACCCCAUAAUGCUCAGACAAAUCCUGUGUCCUCUGCUCCAGUUUCCAGCCCAGGUUUUAUCUAUAAUAUGGUCUUGUCAGCUGCGAUAGUCUUAUUCAUUGGUCUUGUAAUGCGUAGAAUAUUCCUUUUGGAAGGAGAUACAUCAGAGGAGCUGGAUGAUUUGCUACUUUGAACUGUAUCACUUAACAUUCUUUUCAUUUGUGAUAGUAAGUUUCACCACUAUUUUUCAAUGGUCUUAAAUGAAGUCGUCUCUGUUAUUCUGUAUAUAAUAUUUAAGUCAUACCAAAUGGUUAUAAUAGAAACUUCCAGUACUUUGCAUAUAAACAUCAACCUGUAAAUGGUUCUGUGACCUGGUCUCUCCUUGAAUAUGUAGAUUGCCAAUCAGUACAGUCAAAAGGCCUCUGCUUUUUAAGUUUUAAUGUAUUUUGAAUAAUGCUUUCCAUCGUUUCCCCAUUUGGCCACUUGCAAAGGAAAGUUGCUGGCAGUUAAAUUCCUUGUGUAAAGAAGGUACAUAGGUUGUGAGUGAAAAUGUUAAUUCCUCAUAGAGGAAGCUUAGUAUUGGUUAUAAUUACAUAACAACAAAGAAGCCAUAUACUGCUUUUGUGGAAUGUUUGUGAUAAAUUUGAGUUUUCAUACCUCAUCCAUAGAGGUAGAAAUCUCUGAUUUAAUAGAGAGGUGUCUGUAAAGGGUUUCAGCUCUUUUUGCUGUUCUCAUGAAAUAAACUGUUUAAGUCAUAAUGCUUUAUAAUGCUCAAUAUAUUAGUUAACCCUUCAUUGAAUAAAUUCAGUAAACCUGUAGUAGUCUGCCAGUUUACUAAUAUAAUAAGUAUAUACUGAGGAGGUGUAUUUUCCUUCUAAGAUAUGUUUGUUAAUCAAUUCUUUAUAUUGUGAAUGAACUGGGUUGUUUGAUGUCAGUAAGUAUAACAUCUAUAUGAUACAGAGGAAAAUCUUUUCAAGUUAUGUCUUUCUAUCUCUCUUUGUGUCAAAAAUUAUAGCUUAGGUAAUAAGCAAAUAUAUUUUUGAAUAGUGUAUGAAUGUAAGCAGGAUAUAACUUGUCAUCUCGGGUAAAAAUUGCAUGUUUCCAGAACCAUGAACAAAUCCUAUCGGAAAGACUGAUUAUUCAAAUACUACGCUAGGAGUGACAGAAGAAAAUGCAGUAAUGGGAACUUAAUAAUUGCUGAGUAGCAUUCUUACUAUUUUACUCUAAUUUUCUAAUUAUGAAAAUAAGUCAUUGCCAUCGAAAUACAUAAAAUGUAGUGUUCUGUUAUGAAAAUGAAGAUUUAAAAGAUCCUUAUUAGAUUGCAGUUAUCCCUUUUUUUUUCUUUUUUUUAUUGUUUGUUUAUUUGUAAUUGUAGAAUAUUUAAGAUUCUUAAACAUCCAUAUGGUUCUUUAUUUCACAAGGAAAGAAACAAGUAUUUUUUAUUUUAGACUUAGCUUAAGGAAAAUUGUGCUGAUACAAAUAGUAGUUAUGAAUAUUACUUUUUAAUCAAAGCUACUGUUGACACACACACACACACACACACACACACACACACACACACACACACACACACACACACACACACACACACACACACACACACACACACACACACACACAUACAUAUACAUAC